AUGUCAAUGGUUGAUUUAAUCGAUAAAUUCAAGAAGACUACUCUCAGAGAGUCCGUCAAGCAAGGUGUUGACAAGGUACCAAUGUCCGAGUUGGAGCCACUCGACAACAAGAGAGACGUAGAGAAGAGAAACCAAGACGAGAAGGCUGAGAUCACCGAGGUCAAGGCUCAAGUCAGAUCCAAGAUUGAAGAAUACGGUGUCAAGUACCUCUUCCGUUUGUUGACCCAAGCUCAACUCGAAGUUUUAUACUCACCAUUCGAAGAGAAGGGAACUGAUGAUGAACCAGUUCCAAAGCGUAAUAAGAUGUACCUCAUCCGUAAGUUGACCAAGAAGGUUUUGGCCCUCAGCUUGAACAACUACGUUAAGAACUUCGCCUCAAAGGACCCAUACAAGAGCAUCAUUGCCCCACAUGUUGUCACCAAGCCAGAGAACUUUGUCAGCCAACUCCCAGUCGACAUUAGAAACACUGGUUUCGAAAUGUUCUUGUGGGACACUCCAGUUGUCACCUUGAAGAAGAUGGUUGCCGACCUCAAGUUGGAUACCGACAGCAACACCCCAGACUUUUUGAUCAAGUGCAUCCUCACAGGAAAGGUUCCAAAGCCAAAGAAGGCCAAGCCAGUCGUCGUCGAGUUCUGUGAGACCAAGCAAAAGCUCUCCAAGAAGCUCAGCUACCAAGACAUCUUCCAACACUACUACUUGGAGGAGUUGCAAGACUUCUGCCGUGAGAAGGAAAUCAAGAUCAGUGGUACCAAGAGAGAAGUCAUCCAAAGAAUCAUGCUCUUCUUGAGAGGUGAAUACGUUCCAAGCACCAAGACCACUAAGACUCCGGAUACCGCCGCUGCCAAGAAGCCAACCAAGGCUGAGAAGCCAGCCCCCGCUGCUGCCGAGGUAGAAGAAGAAUCAUCCGAAGAUGAAGAAGGUGAAGACGAUGAGGAAGAGUUGGAUACCCCACAAUCCAAGGUUGGUGAGCAAGCCGAGUCCGACGAGGAGGACGACGAUACCGAAGAUGUUGCCGUCAAGCCAGUUGCCAAGGCUGAGAAACCACCAAAGCCAGUCGAGUCUGCUCCAAAGACCGUCACCCCAGCCGAAAAGAAGAAAAACACUACUGAAAAGAUCGCCAAGCAAGCUACCCCAACCACCCCAAACAAGUCAAAGAAGACCGGAAAUCAAUCAACUUAA